GAUUGGCCCGGGCAAUCUCUCUUCUUAUACAUCCCUUCGGACAUUUCCUAUUUUUCCUUUGGCAUAGCAAGGCGUUCGCGGGUCAAGCGUAGUCAAUUUUGUUACGGCUUCGAGCCAGAUCAGUAGUUUCAUUACACUCUUGUCAAUGGAUUCAUUUCUUGGGGUUAUUGUCAAAUCGAUCCGCCUUUGCUGCUUACUUGCUUAUUGUGCUCUGGAUACACCUGCGAUGCGGUACCAUACUAUGGAAGAUCUGCGUGUGCGUCAAAGAAGGUGCGUAGGCCGUCACAUUCCCUUCUCUCUCUGCACAAUCUCUCUGACAUCGCUCUUUACACUAAUGUCCCAUCCCGCUCGCUCAUCCACAUCUCAAAAAUUUCGUCCGCGGCCCAAACCUACCCACCUGCCGACGGAGCUCGGACGCGCACGGAGCCAAUAAAAUCCAAACCCGCCGCCCACACAGCCGCCUCGGCUCCAUCAAUACGAGGUCAACUGCCGUCCCCUCUCUGCUCUAGUAGUAGAAGAUGUUCAGAUAG